AUGUCAGUCAUCACUAACUUUAUCGAAAAACACUCACAAGGCACUCGACUUACUUUAACAGCUAUUGCAGCCUCUGUCCUGACAGCCUCUGCUGUCCUCGGAUACCAAACCUUUACUCGCUCCCGCAUCGAAAAGACAAUAAAAACCAAAUCGAUCGAUGCACCUAUUGCCAUUGUCCAAGACCAAAUCGUCGAACCAGCACCCAUGGACGAAUCACUUGUGCUAGAACUCCUUGCUCGUAACAUUGCUUUCUUUGGUCCCGAGAAUGUCAACAAGAUUCGUCAAUCGUUCGUGGUUGUGUUGGGUUCAGGUGCGAUUGGAUCCUGGACUGCUCUCAUGUUGGUCCGCUCAGGCGUUGAACGUGUCCGUAUAGUCGAUCGUGGUCUGAUUCGCCUUGAGAGUCUGUCACGUCAUGCUGUGGCUACUGUAGCUGAUAUUGGUAAAUCAAAAGCAGAAGCCAUGAAGCGGUCUUUAGCAACCAUUGCACCUCAUGCGCAUGUGGAAGCUGUCCGUACUGAACUCACGCAAGAUAACUUGUCUGAGUUGCUGCGUGGUGAGCCUGAUUAUGUGGUCGACACCUUAUCUGAUCUCAAAGACAAAGUGAUGGUAGCAGACUAUUGUUGUCAACACAACCUCAAACUCGUCAGUGCCAUGAGUGCUGGGUCCAAAGCAGAUCCUUCUUUGAUUCAAGUGACAGAUAUCAGUGAUGCCACUGCAGAUCCAUUAGCAAGAACGUAUAAAAGACAAUUGAGGAAAUUGGGCAUGGACCGUGGUAUUCCUGUGGUGUAUUCGAUUGAAAAGAACCUGCAUGUCAACAAAGUGCCUGAUUUUAGAACACGUGCAUUACCUGUCUUGGGUCCUAUUGCGAGUAUGUUUGGUAUGGCUUUAGUCACUUUUGUGAUUGUCCAAUUGGGUGAAUUUACAGCCUAUCAAUUACCUGCUAACAAGAUGCGAGAUGGUGUCUAUGCUCGUAUGCAAAAGGAAUUAGCAGCUAAAGAAGAAUAUGUGUUUCAUAAUAAGGAAUGUUUAGAUGUUAAGGAUAUAGGUUAUAUAUUUGAUGAAUUAUGGCAAGGAAAGAGUGUGAUAUCGGGUGCUCAAGAUAGAAUGUUAGUCAUGACUCGCUGGGAUAAUUCUAAAAAGACAAGUUUAACAAAUACGGUGGUCAUGACAAAAGAAGAAGCUGCUGUUCAUGACACAUUGUCCUUUUCUCAACUUGUAGACCAUUAUGGAGCAGAUGUAGUAGAAAGAGUCCGUCAACAGAUUGAAUUAGAAGAAAAACUUCAGAGAUUAUGGAAAGCAUAG